UAUGCCUACACUGAGAAUGCCGCUAGAAUGUUGUCCCAAUUUAGCCCAACUAUAAGCUUUUGCAAUGACGAAACUUAAAAAUAAAAAUCGUAUUUUCUCGUGCGGUUUUGCUCCUGAAAUUAAAUGGAGUUCUCCGCACCUUAACUCUGAUGUUUAUAAAUAAACUCGUUGUGCAAGCAUCUGCCAGCACAAACAGAAUGUCAAAUUAUAUUUACAAAUUUCUACAUGCCGAAUUAACUUGCAUACCAGGAGAAAUAAACAAAAUUAUUGAAAAUUACUACAGCAACGCCCAUUGCAAUGGGGCAACCUGGCUGUUUUUUUUAUGGAACGUUUUGCAUGUUGUCUACGACAAAUGUUUGCACGCGUUCUUGCGGAGGCUGAAAUUCAAGCAACAUGUCUGUUCGAGAAUAAAAGAUAGUUUAUGGUACUUGGGCUUUUCUGGCACUGUCUUGAUUUACUGCGGGGCAACUUUGGCGCUAAACGAGAUGGAAUUAUUUAAUUUUAAACGAAUGCAUGUUCCAUCAGACACAAAUUUAUCAGACCAGGUUGUUCUGGGAUAUACUUUAAUAUGCACCUUUUAUCUGCACACCGCCUUCUGGGAAGGAAUUAAAAAUGGAUCGCUAAGCUCAUUCAUCAAGUAUUUGUUUCUAGCGUUUUUGUGUAUAUUUUCAUACAUACUGAGGAUAUUGGAAGUAAUGUAUUCUUUAACGGGCCUUAUUAGUAUAACGCAAGUUGCAACUGAACUAACCAGGCUGAUUUACAGCCUUUCCAGAAAAAAUACCUAUUUGUCGUCAAUGCUUAUCUUUGGCCUAUUUGCCCUUACAUUGGGGCUCUAUGUUCUUCUUCAACUAAUUGUUAUACCCCUAACUUUUGCAGUGCCACUCGGCCUAAAAAUUUUGUCAGAUUAUCCGAAUGUUAUGCUAAUAUGUUUAUAUUGCUCUUUACUCGUUUGGUUGGUACUAGACAUUUAUAAAUCGGUUGUACUCAAUUUCUUUGAUCAUUGGCUGUAUCAUUCCAAGGCAAAUGAAAAUGUACCAUGCACAAACAAAUUUUUAGAAUGCGCACUAUUUCAACCAAGGAAUGACGACGCCUAUCAUUUGCAAAUAUUAAGAAAGGAAAUGAAGGAACGUCAGCAAGAAUUGAUAUCAAGACGCAAGCCUAAAAACCGGAGUAUGCUUGUACAAACCUUGAAGUGCAUGGUUGCCAUUAAAAGAAAAUUAAAUCAGAAACGAUUAUCAGAAAGUUCAGACUCGGAAGAUUCCGAAAAGUCGGAUGAAUUGAUUAGGAAUGAAGAUGUUUCCGAUAUCUCUGUUGAUGGCAACAAAGGAGAAGAUAGAUCUUCUGAUGAAGGUGCGGAUAAGGAAUCUGAUGAUAGUAGCGAUUGUAAUAAGAUAGUUAUAAAUAGCGAGAGGCCUUCGGGUGAAAAUCGUAUUAAGGCAGGCAUGGAAGAUUAUUCAAAUAACGAGGACUCUUGUGAUGAAAUUUCGGAUGGUAGCAGUAAAGAUGAUACCGAUAUAUCUGAAAAGUCUGUUCGUGAAAAUAUUGCAUAUAGCAAUACAAUUGAUGAAAGUAAAGAGAACGAUGGAGAUGUAGAGGAGAAACGUAGUAUAAUUUCUGAUUCACCGCCAAACAACUCCCCUAGCAGUAGUAAUGCAACAAACGAAACUUCUAAUUUAACUCUGGACAAAGAAAUUCCGGAAUGAAAUGCAGGUAUUUGUGUACCUACAUCAUCUUAACAAUAUUUAGCCAUGUUAAUUCCUAGAGUUCCUAGAGUUAAGCAAUUUUCAACGCACAGUACGUAGGUGUUCUAGUCACUUGCCUUGCUAAUAAACGUAAUAUCGCGUUA